UUGGGCGGGUGUUGUGCUGGCUCUGUCAGCCGAGCAUGGCCCCGGCUGCAGGACAACCCCGCUGGCGCCGCCGUCCUGCCGGGGCCGGAGUUGGGGGGAUGUCCUUGGCCUUCCCUGUGGGCCGGAGGCAAAUCCCCUCCCUGUCCUUCUUGCUUCCUGCCCCAGGCCCUGAGCUGAGGACGGAGAGCCCGGAGGACAAAUCCCCCCGUGAGACCCUGGUGGGAGAGGCCGUUUUGAAGGGCUCCCCGGCGCAGGAAGGCAGCGGGGAGGAAAAGGGCCGGAGAUCCCCCCGCAGGAGGGGCUCCAAAGCCAUCCCAGGGUGCUCUGAGGAGGAAAGAGCCAGCCUGUGCUGGGAAGGCGGCUGGAGCUUGAGCGGGAGCUCUGAGCUGGCGGUCCCUGAGCAGUCUCUAAGCAGGGAAAAGCCCUUCAGGUGCUUGGAAUGUGGGAAGAACUUCAACCGUAGCUCCACCCUGCUCCAACACCAGCACAUCCACAGUGGGGAACGGCCUUACACGUGUGGGGAAUGUGGGAAGAGCUUCAGCCGUAGCUCCAAUCUCUGCACCCACCGUCUCAUCCACACUGGAGAACGGCCCUACAAGUGCUUUAAAUGUGGAAAGAGGUUUCGGACCAGCUCAAAUCUCCUCCUCCAUGAGCAGACACACACGGAUGAGAGGCCGUUUCGCUGCACUGACUGCGGGAAGGGAUUCAAGCGGAACUCCAACCUCCUCACCCACGGGCGCAUCCACACUGGGGAGAAGCCCUACAAGUGUGGGGAGUGUGGGAAGAGCUUUAGCCGAAGCUCUCAUCUGCUCCGGCACAAGCACAGCCACACUGGAGAACAGCCCGGGAAAGGGCGGGUGUUGUGCUGGCUCUGUCAGCCGAGCAUGGCCCCGGCUGCAGGACAACCCCGCUGGCGCCGCCGUCCUGCCGGGGCCGGAGUUGGGGGGAUGUCCUUGGCCUUCCCUGUGGGCCGGAGGCAAAUCCCCUGCCUGUCCUUCUUGCUUCCUGCCCCAGGCCCCGAGCUGAGGACGGAGAGCCCGGAGGACAAAUCCCCCCGUGAGACCCUGGUGGGAGAGGCCGUUUUGAAGGGCUCCCCGGCGCAGGAAGGCAGCGGGGAGGAAAAGGGCCGGAGAUCCCCCCGCAGGAGGGGCUCCAAAGCCAUCCCAGGGUGCUCUGAGGAGGAAAGAGCCAGCCUGUGUUGGGAAGGUGGCCAGAGCUUGAGGGGGAGCUCUGAGCUGGUGGUCCCUGAGCAGCCUUCCAGCAGGGAGAAGCCCUUCAAGUGCUUGGAAUGUGGGAAGAGCUUCAGGAAGAGCUCCCAUCUCCUCAGCCACCAGCACAUCCACACUGGGGAAUGGCCCUACAUGUGUGAGGAAUGUGGGAAGAGCUUCAGGCAGAGCUCCAACCUCCACAAACACCAGCGCAUCCACACUGGGGAACUUCCCUACAAGUGUGGGGAAUGUGGGAAGAGCUUCAGUGACAGUUCCAACCUGAUCCGCCACAAGCACAUCCACACUGGGGAACGGCCCUACACAUGUGGGGAAUGUGGGAAGGGCUUCAGUUGCAGCUCCACCCUCCACACCCACCAACUCAUCCACACCAGGGAACGGCCCUACACGUGUGGGGAAUGUGGGAAGAGGUUUCACACCAGCUCACAUCUCCUGAAGCACGAGCGGACGCACACGGAUGAGAGGCCCUUCUGCUGCACCGACUGCGGGAAGGGCUUCAGUCGGAACUUCCACCUCAUCACCCACCAGCGCAUCCACAGCGGGGAGAGGCCCUACAAGUGUGGGGAGUGUGGGAGGAGCUUCACCCAGAGCGGUAACUUGACCAAACACCAACGGACCCACCAGUAAGAGAAGCCCUUUGAGUUCCCCGACUGCAGGAAGAGCUUUGGCUGCUGCUUCCACCUUGAAUGAACCCCCUGAUUGUGAGGCAACCCCUGGAGUCCAGUGACUGUCAGUCCAUCCCUUUCGACCACAAAGGGCCAGUCCCCUUUCCCAGGGACAAGUUCUUCCAACAGAACCCUUUUUGAGGAGUGUGUGGAGAUUCCUGCCUUGGCUGGGGACCCCACAAGGUCACUGCUGGAGGUUGAGAGCAGAGAUCUCCCCACGAGCAUUGGUCUGGGGGAGUUCCAUCCAUCUCUAAUUAAGAAUUAUUGCUGUUGUGCCAGCUUGAGUAGAAUUGCUUCAACAAUUGCUUUGGUGUAGAGCACUGUCCUAUCUUAUCCUGUACUCCUGGUAAUUUUA